AUGACGGAACCUUCCUCCUCUCUACGGAAGAGAGGUGGAAAAAAGGAUGGCUACACUGCUGUUCCUUCUGAUGUCUCGACUGCCGAGCCAGCUCCCAGCAAGCCUACGUCAGAAUGGGAUUAUUGGCUGGCCAUUGCCGUUCUGACCCUGCUGGGCUUUGCAACCCGUUUUUACCGGAUUGAUUACCCCAACGAAGUUGUUUUCGAUGAAGUGCACUUUGGAAAAUUCGCCUCGUACUACCUCCAGCGCACAUAUUUCUUCGAUGUCCAUCCUCCGUUCGCAAAGCUUCUGUUUGCUUUCGUGGGCUGGCUCGUGGGAUUCGACGGUCAUUUCUUAUUCGAGAACAUUGGCGACUCAUAUAUCGAGAACAAUGUCCCUUAUCUGUCCUUACGGGCCCUUCCCGCGACCCUCGGUGCUCUGACGAUCCCAGUGGUCUUCCUGAUCAUGUGGGAAUCCGGAUACUCGCUUCCAGCCUGUGUUCUGGCUGCCGGACUUAUGGUUUUUGAUAAUGCUCAUGUUGGCGAGGACCGACUGAUCCUCUUGGAUGCGACGCUGGUGAUUUCCAUGGCCCUCAGUAUUUUGUGCUAUGUUCGUUUCUACAAGUUACGACACCAGCCAUUUGGCCGAAAGUGGUGGAAGUGGCUGCUUCUGACUGGAUUCUUCCUGAGCUGUGUGAUUUCCACCAAAUACGUCGGUGUCUUCACAUUUGUCACUAUUGGCGCGGCCGUGCUUAUUGACUUGUGGAACUUGCUGGAUAUCAACCGCCGCGAGGGUGCCCUCGAUAUGUUCACCUGGAUUAAGCACUUCAUGGCACGCGCGGUCUCUCUCGUCAUCAUUCCAUUCUUUUUCUACCUUUUUUGGUUCCAGGUGCACUUCACAAUCCUCACCCGCUCCGGCCCUGGCGAUGAGUUCAUGUCGCCGGAGUUCCAGGAAACCCUGAGUGACAACGCGAUGACUGCCCAGUCUGUUGGUGUCCAGUACUUUGACCACAUUACCUUGCGCCACAAGGACACCAGGGUUCUCCUCCACAGUCACUGGGAGCGCUAUCCUCUGCGUUACGAUGAUGGUCGUAUCUCCAGCCAAGGACAGCAAGUGACUGGUUAUCCUCACAACGAUACCAAUAACCUGUGGCAGAUUCUGCCCAGCGAACCCAUUGUGGGUGGUGCUCCUAGGAGUGUACGAAACGGAGAUGUGAUCCAGCUCCGCCACGAGUUUACUACAGUGCCACAAGAUCAGGCUGAUGGAGAUCGACACAAUGACACCCUUUUCGAGAUUAAGGUCGAGAAUGGGAAGCCCGGUCAAGAAUUCCGUACAUUUUCCAGCCUCUUCAAGCUUAUUCACGUUCCUUCUCGCGUGGCUAUGUGGACUCAUAGUACUCCGCUCCCUGACUGGGCGUUCAAGCAGGCUGAAAUUAAUGGUAACAAGAACAUCUUGCAGACCAGUAAUAUCUGGUACGCUGAAACAAUUGAGGGCAUUCCGGAAGGAAGCCCCCGUCUGCAGAGAGAAGAGCGCCAGAUCAAGCAUCUCUCUUUCCUACGCAAAUACUUUGAGCUGCAGGGUGCUAUGUUCCACCACAACAAUGCCUUGACUAGCAGCCAUCCAUAUGCUACCGAGCCCUUCCAGUGGCCCUUCCUGCUUCGUGGUGUUAGCUUCUGGACCAAGAAUGAAACUCGUGAGCAGAUCUAUUUCUUGGGUAACCCUGUUGGAUGGUGGAUUGCUAGCAGUUUGCUGGCCGUGUUCGCUGGCAUUGUUGGCGCUGAUCAGCUCUCUCUCCGCCGUGGUGUUGAUGCAUUGGAAGAAAUUUGGGGUCUUGGUGCUCGCUCCCGCCUGUACAACAGCACUGGAUUCCUGUUCCUAUGCUGGGCUGCUCAUUAUUUCCCCUUCUGGCUAAUGGGCCGUCAACGCUUCCUGCACCACUACCUACCGUCCCACCUGGCAUCGACCAUGAUAACGGGCGCAUUGGUCGAGUUCAUCUUCAAUCUGCAGCCGAUCGACCCCACCACCGCCGCACCCCCGGUUGAUGAUCCAACGGGCAAGGCCAAGGGCCUCCGUGGCAGCCGCAGUGUGGGCCGGUUCGUGACAGCCAAGGAACGUAUGGGUAUCAAAUCGGUGAUCGCGGGAUGGGUGGCCACCCUGGCCAUUCUCGCGGUUACCAUCUGGGGCUUCGUCUUCUUCGCGCCAUUGACUUACGGUACGCCCGGCCUAGACGUGGAUGGCGUCAAUGCCCGCAAGUGGCUGAACUAUGAUCUCCACUUUGCCAAAUAG